GGCAGCAACCCAGAGAAAGGUGUAGGGGGGCCGGGACCUGCCGACUCCUGAGUCUGGGGGCGGGGCGGGGAGUGGCAGGGCCCGGGCGGCCGGAGCCCGGUGAAGCGCUAAAACGGGUCACGCUUCCUCCUUCCCUCCCCGUCCUUUCUUCUCCUCCCACCUGGGCCUCUGCGUGGGGACGCGCACCUGGCAACCAGCGGCCGCGCUCCGCCGCGCCCCCACCUUCUCCGCUCGGGCCGGGCGCCCCGAGCCUGACCCGCACUCCGAGCUCGCCCCCGGCUCCCGCCCCUCUUCUCUCUACCGGCCCCGCGCUCGCAGGGGGCGGCCUCGAGCGCUCGCUCGUUGAUGCCGUUUUGGGGGUGACCCGGCGCUGCAGGAGGCGGCGGCGGCGCCUCCACGGUGGGGGCGUGUUAGUGGCCGUGGCUUUGCGGGACGUCGGUUGUGUAGCUGCGGGGUGGCAGGGCGGCCAGCCGGCGAGUCCGCGCGUGCAGCUCGGGUUUCGGGACGCUGGAGGAGAGCGCCACGGCCGCGCGGGAGCGGGACAUGUGGGAGCUCAGGCACCGGGGAGGCUGCCCCGGCCCCGUGGGAGCGGUGGCGCCGCCACCCCGCGAGGGAGAGGCGGCCGGCGGCGACCACGAAACCGAGAGCACCAGUGACAAAGAAACAGAUAUUGAUGACAGAUAUGGAGAUUUGGAUUCCAGAACAGAUUCUGAUAUUCCAGAAAUUCCACCAUCCUCAGAUAGAACCCCUGAGAUCCUCAAGAAAGCUCUAUCUGGUUUGUCUUCAAGGUGGAAAAACUGGUGGAUUCGUGGAAUCCUUACUCUAACUAUGAUUUCAUUGUUUUUCCUGAUCAUCUAUAUGGGAUCCUUUAUGCUGAUGCUUCUUGUUCUAGGCAUCCAAGUGAAAUGCUUCCAUGAAAUUAUCACUAUAGGUUACAGAGUCUAUCGUUCUUAUGACCUACCUUGGUUUAGAACACUAAGCUGGUACUUUCUACUGUGUGUAAACUACUUUUUCUAUGGAGAGACUGUAGCUGAUUAUUUUGCUACAUUUGUUCAAAGAGAAGAGCAACUUCAGUUCCUCAUUCGCUACCACAGAUUUAUAUCAUUUGCCCUCUAUCUGGCAGGUUUCUGCAUGUUUGUGCUGAGCUUGGUGAAGAAACAUUAUCGUCUGCAGUUUUAUAUGUUCGCAUGGACUCAUGUCACUUUACUGAUAACAGUUACUCAGUCACAUCUUGUCAUCCAAAAUCUGUUUGAAGGCAUGAUAUGGUUCCUUGUUCCAAUAUCAAGUGUUAUUUGCAAUGACAUAACUGCUUACCUUUUUGGAUUUUUUUUUGGAAGAACUCCAUUAAUUAAGUUGUCUCCUAAAAAGACUUGGGAAGGAUUCAUUGGCGGUUUCUUUUCCACAGUCAUCUUUGGAUUCAUUGCCGCUUACGUGUUAUCCAAAUACCAGUACUUUGUCUGCCCAGUGGAAUACCGAAGUGAUGUAAACUCCUUCGUUACAGAAUGUGAACCCUCAGAACUUUUCCAGCUUCAGAGUUAUUCACUUCCUCCCUUUUUGAAGGCAUUGUUGAGACGGGAAACAAUAAGCUUGUAUCCUUUCCAGAUACACAGCAUUGCUCUUUCCACAUUUGCAUCUUUGAUUGGCCCAUUCGGAGGAUUCUUUGCCAGCGGAUUCAAAAGAGCUUUCAAAAUCAAGGAUUUUGCAAACACCAUUCCUGGACAUGGAGGGAUAAUGGACAGAUUUGAUUGCCAGUAUUUGAUGGCAACUUUUGUGCAUGUGUACAUCACAAGUUUUAUAAGGGGUCCAAAUCCCAGCAAAGUGCUACAGCAGUUGUUGGUGCUUCAACCAGAACAGCAGUUAAAUAUAUACAAAACGCUGAAGACUCAUCUCAUUGAGAAGGGAAUCCUACAGCCCACCUUGAAGGUAUAACUGGAUCUGGAGAGGGAAGGACUGACAGUAAAGAAUUCUACAGGAAAGCACCGACAGAUGACAUUUUGUAAUUGUACAGAAAAGUGUCGAAAAUGCAAUAGAUUGAAGUUUUACAGACAUGAAUGUUUCUUCUCUGAAAUUACUGUGAAUAUUUAACACUUACUUGAUCUAAGUUAUGAAAUAAGUAGCAAAUGCCAGGCAAAAUAUCCUGUACUUUUUCUAAGUGUAUUUUCUGAUGUUAACUUCCUUCCCAUUACUUGCUAGGUUUCAUCACUUAAAAGACUUGUGUUUUAAAGAGUCACAACACUAUGAGUAAAUUGAGGAUGUCUUGAGAUUGCACCUGGCAAAGUGCCCUUUGCACAAAUAUUUACUUUUGUAGUCGGAGUGGCUCUUCAUUUCAGCAAAAUGUUUUAUGUAAGGCACGAUAGGAAGUUAGUUCUCCUCUACUUCCUCCUCUUUCAGUCUGAAGUAUUUUCUGAAGGGCUGAGUUGGAUCCAAAAAAGAAAGACUGUCCACUUUUCAAAGAAGUAAGUAAUCAUUUGCCAGCGAAAAACAUUCCACUUUUAGGUGAGUUUGAAAUUCAAGAGAGAGGCUGAAAUUUCUACCAUUAUUGGUUUGCCAGAAAGAGCAGACAUCAGACUCUACUUUGAUCGAAUUGUCUGGAAAAACAUAACCUUCUCAAAAACUUUCAAGAGAAACACAGGAGAAUUCUGCUAUGAAGAACAUAUGUUCCCAUCCUCCACCCAUGAUCACAACAGACAGUAGCUCAGGAGGCAGCACUGGAUGAUGACACAUGCAUAGCCCACCUCUUGGUUGAGUUCUCCACUUUUGUUUCCCUGUGAACUGGUUUCCAUAAGUUCUGUAGCCACGAGCAUCAGUACAUAGGGUAGUGAGUAGGGGUGGUGAAUGAGGCAGAGAAGGGGGUGCUCAGCUGAGCCAGAGUGACCCGUCCCUGGAUGCGGCUCAGCACACCUGGGUCCUAGGCACCUACCUCUUGGUUCCCGUGAAGCCCACUGGACCCUCACCUGGGAAGAAGCGAGAUCUGCCUGGAAACCCAUUCCCAGACUAACUCCAUGGUAGCAGCUAAUUUUUAUCACAUUCUUCUUUCACAUCAUGUCAGAAAAUCUGAGGCCAUCAGCUGAUUUUUUUUUUUCUUUCAACAAUGAAAAUCAAGCAGAAGUGAUUCCCACCAAGAACAAAAAGCACACGAAUGCCAAACCUUUCCUUUGGGGGACUGGACACUGUAACCAGAUGAGAAUAAAUUUCUUCUCAGUGGAUGUAAGUAAGCUAUUGUUGCUGUGUGCUCUCUACAGCUGUAUUUAUUGUAUUGUACAGUCAGCACUGAAACCUUCAAAAAUUGCCUAGUGCUCCUUGGCUAAAUGUUCAGAGGAAAAAUAGAUAUAUUUUAAAGAAUGUUUUGCUAAUGAAAAGAGUAAAUAUUUUUGUUUAAAUCAGAAACAAAUUUUAAUUCUUUUAUAUUUCUGUUCUAUUACUCAAAAAAAAAAAUUGCAGAUAUGCCUGGGUUCCACAGAUGUCAUCUAUAACUAGCAGCCUCAUCAUGUGUACUACAGGAUUAUGGUGGAUAUAGUUAAAGUCAGUCCCAAGAGUCUCAUUUCUUGGCGUGGCAUGCACUCAGUCAAUUCAUCGCCACUGGAUGUGUGCAGUCAGCAUUAUUUCACACUAUUCCAUAAAAAUUUAGAAUUGGCAUUGGAGGUAUUAUUACAGAAGGAAGUGAUUAUUUUUAAAAUCAGGCUACCUUUAAGUUAAUUUUCAAAAUUGCUCAUUUUUACUUGCUGCAUUAAAAGCUCCAAAUGUAGAUCAUAAAAGAAUUUACUUACCAAAAUUUAAAAAAUAAAAUUAAAAUUUUGUAAUAGGAACUUAUGUUGAAAACAUGGUGAAUUGCACCGUAAGAACUUGGAGAUAUGCAGUUCCCUCUGCAUUUUUCUUUAAAGUGAUGAGUGAGGCACUGCAAAACAGAAUUAUGAGCACAUUACUGAAUACGUAUUAUAAAAUCAAUAUUAUGGUAAACAAAAUAUGAAGCUAGAAAUAUUUGGGGUCACAGUAAUAGCUAUCCUCAAAUACAUUUAGAGUUGGAUGUAUAUUAUUCUAUAUGUAAAAAAGUAAAUUCUUAAUUUUAACAACACUCUAAAGGUUGACGUUUUUAGUGUACUUUUAUAGCAUGUAUAUUAAAAUAGAAUAUAUUUUGUCAAGAAUAUACUUUAGGGCUUCCCUGGUGGCGCAGUGGUUGAGAGUCCGCCUGCCGAUGCAGGGGACACGGGUUCGUGCCCCGGUCCGGGAAGAUCCCACAUGCUGCGGAGCGGCUGGGCCCGUGAGCCAUGGCCGCUGAGCCUGCGCGUCUGGAGCCUGUGCUCCGCAACGGAAGAGGCCACAACAGUGAGAGGCCCGUGUACCGCAAAAAAAAAAAGAAAAAAAGGAAAUAAAAAAAUAUACUUUAGCUAAGAUUGCCAUAAAACCCUGACUUUGAUCAUUUUUAUAUUUGCACUCUGAAGAGGGUUUAUAUUCCAGUGUAGCAAUGUGAUGGCAGAAAAAUGAAAGACUAGGAACUUCCUUUACAGUAAUGGCUAAUUGUUCCAAAUUUGCUGUUUGGAGAGGUACUCUAAUGGUACUAACUGCUUAGUACAAAUGUCUCCUCAGUGCUUUUCCCCUUGUGGUGGUGGGUAUACAUUUUACUGUCUGAGAAUAAAAAGACCACACCCACACACACGCACACACCACCGUUUUAUUCUUUUAUAGUAUCUCUUCAUUUGUAAUUUGGUUUGAACAAAGAUAGUACCACCUUGUUCAGGGGAAAAGAAAAAGUGGAAACAGUGUAUACUGUAUAUGGGUGGGAGAUGAUAGCUUUUGAUAUGUGUCAAUCAGUUCGCUGAACCUUUUACUGAAACUGAGAUAGGAAAAUAAAAAAACAAAUCACAUUUUGACUCUGUUGUGCCAUUUUCUCUUUGGAGAGGAAACAUUCAUUCAACUAGUGUUUACAAAAUGACAAAUACAGAAAUACUGUAUGCUGUGUAUAUUUCAUCACCGAUACCUACAGUGACAUCUUCAGGGCUGGGAAUAAAU